AGAGCUGCGGGCAUCUACGUCAGAGCCAAGGCUGCCCUAGCCAAGGCCGAGAGCGCCCCCGCCCAUCCGUGGUUCAGGUGGGCCCGUGAAGCGUUUCAGUCUGGUGCGUCCAAGGCGCGCGAGUUUUCGAAGGUCAGAGCGGCCCAUGAGAUCUUCUCAGCAGGUGCCCACGCGGCUCCGUUCUUGCUGGCUAGUGAUGCACUCGGAGACGCCACAGCUCGUCCGACCGUGCUUUUGCGCACAACCUGUGCCGAAAUUGCUGGGUUGCUCGGCGAUGCGUCGUUGUCGGCGCUGCUCGAAGUGGCCAAAUGUUGCGAGGUGAUUUCAUCGGGGCGACUGCGCCAGGAGGCGAGGGCCCUGGACUUCCCCAUGCGCCUAGGUUGGAUGCUCGUGGACUUGCGCAGACAGCCGCGGCGUCUCCCGGCGUUUGCGUCGCCGAGUCACAUUUGUGUUGCGCAUCGUGGCAUGCUGGCUGGAUGCAACCACGCUGGUGGCACGCUGUUCCUUCUUACUCCGCGUGCUGUCAAAAGAAUCGACGGCAUUUCUCCGCAGGUUACUCCCCGCGCACUCGUGGACCACGUGUCCGUGUUGAUAGUUUCUUCGUCCAAGCUGGACAAUCCCCAGUUGGGUCGUGCUGUUGAGAGUUUCACGGCGGAUGCUUUUGACCUUGGCCUCUGGGUCCAAGUAAAGAAGAUUGGCCUCGAGACCGGCUUCGGCGUUGGCCGUCGGUUCAUGGCCACA